UAAUUAAAAUCGAUAAAAGAAACUCAAAGAUAUAAAGCAAAGGUGAUAUAUUGAAUUGAUAAGAAAAAGAGGUAAUAUAUUUACAAUACCAUGAAGAUAAAUUGCAAGACUGGAUUCAUGAGCUUCCUAAUGAUUGCUUCAGUACUCAUCAUAUUUCUCGUGGCUCCAGAAAAAGUUGAAGCCGAGCCACAAUGCAUUGGACUGUGUGGAAUGAUUUUUGACUGUCCGACUGCUUGCAUCAGGAUGGGAUACCAAUCUGGCCAAUGCGUUGGCUGGGAAAAUCCGGAUCAAUGUUGUUGUGACCAUUAA